AUGGCAUCUGAUCUACCAGCUCUCUUUCAACGGUAUUCAAAGCAGGCGCCGGUAUCGCCUUGGAAGCUUGCCUAUUGGCUAGGUCUCCCAUAUAUCGCAUACAGAUUCAAUCGCUACUUGAGUUAUCGGGCGCUGAAUAACGGUGUUACAGACACUUUCGACUGGCAAAACGAGAUCAUCCUCAUUACAGGAGGUUCCAAUGGAAUUGGAGCAGCAUGUGCGCAAAUGCUCGCCUCGAAAGGAACUCAAGUGGUCGUCCUAGAUGUUUUGCCGUUGACUUAUGAAGCUCCUAAAAAUCUGCACUACUAUCGAUGCGACCUGACAAACUUCGAUGAGGUCGAGUCGGUUGCAGUCACUGUAACUCGGGAAGUCGGUGCACCUACGUGUGUCGUAGCAAAUGCUGGGAUAUGUCGUGGCAAGCCAUUGCUUGAGGCCACCAAACGGGAUAUCGAACUGACUUUCGGUGUUAAUAGCCUCGGUCUUUUAUGGACGAUCAAAACAUUUUUACCUCCCCUUGCUGAGAAGAACCACGGCCACUUCGUGAUAGUUGCCUCUCAAACUGGGCAUCUUGCAACGGCCGGAGUAGUAGACUAUGCAGCCACCAAAGCUGCUGCUCUGGCGAUCUACGAAGGUCUUCAAACCGAACUUCGACAUGUCUACAAGGCCCCUGCAGUGCGCAUAUCAUGCGUAUCACCGUCUGCAGUGAGCACCAAAAUGUUUACAGGCAUUAAAUUGCCCCCUUCACUGCAGCCCUUGCAACCUUUAGAUGUUGGCUCUGCCAUUGCCGAGAUUCUGUGGAGUGGUCGAGCGCAGAACAUCAUGUUGCCAGCUUCGGCUUACAUCUCACCAAUUACCCGGGCACUUCCGGACUGGCUUCGGAUCGGACUGCAAGAGUUUGGCAAGGAUGUCAUGACAGAUCUGAAUCCUCAUGAUCCAUUAGAUUAA